AUUGUUGCGCCAUAAUCAGAGUUCCUAGUGAGCAAUUAGGAAGAGAAGAAUUGCUAGACUUAUUGAAUAGCUGUUAGCAUCCAGGAAGUGGUUCACUGAUGGACAAUAUUAGCAAAUAUGAGUGUUUUUUGAGCCUCUGGGGGCACCGUACUUCUUGUGAAAAGAGCCCUCCAAUCAACCUGAUUCUGAUUACGUUAAACUCCUUCUGCCUAGCAACAAAUGACCAGCAUGGAGGCGAACGUGGUAGCUGACAGUGGCUUGGGGUCUCUGGACCUGAGCCACCUGACGGAAGAGGAGCAAGAGACCAUUUUGCAGGUGCUCCUGCGAGACUUGGACCUGAGACGUCAAGACGAAGGACGAGUAAGGAUGCUGGCGCAGACCAAAGCCGAUCCGGCGCAACUCCACUCGCAGUCGGGGGCGUGGUUCCGUGAGGCAUCCAGCAGGCGACACCGAGGCCGUAUGUGCGGCUCGGAUCUGGUGCGCGCCACCAUACGCCGUCGCCCGUCAAAGGUCAAUGUAACCGAGUCGUUGGCGGUCAGCCUAUUCAACGGUGACACGGACGAACAAUCGAGCAGCCCCUGCCAGGAGGAGGCUGAGGCGCGAUUGAAAGAGUCUGUGGAAGACAUUCCAGAGUCAGUUUUUUUUCUGUUUUUUUCCCCCCCUCGCAAACAAGAAUGUCGUCGUCGUCACAUGUGUGUUUGCUGUGUCAACAGGAUGCUGGCGCAGACCAAAGCCGAUCCGGCGCAACUCCACUCGCAGUCGGGGGCGUGGUUCCGCGAGGCAUCCAGCAGGCGACACCGAGGCCGUAUGUGCGGCUCGGACCUGGUGCGCGCCACCAUACGCCGUCGCCCGCCAAAGGAAGACCGUCGGCAUUACAAAAGGGAAUCUGUGUCUAUGUGCAACAUCCAGACUGAUUCCGGACGUUCGCCUCUGCAAAAAAACAACUUUCAUUCCAGUUAUACGCUGAGCGGUGGCAUGAUGAGUCUGUUCAGCUCGGGGGUCUUCGGCGUGGUGGAGGUGCGAGGCCGCCUGCAGUUCUCGCUGGCCUACGACGGCCACAAGGGGGAGCUCCGGGUCAAGGUGCACCGCUGCGAGGACAUCUCAGCAGCGGCCGACGAGCACCGCUCCGAUCCAUACGUCAAGUGUUACCUGCUGCCUGACAUGUCGAGCCGCAGCAAGCGGAAGACGGCGGUGAAGAGGCGGACGCAGAACCCCGUCUUCGAGCAGACGCUUAAAUACAAAAUACGGCAAAAGGAGCUGAAUAGUCGCACCCUCAACCUGUCCGUGUGGCACGCGGAGUCCCUGGCCAGGAAUGUUUUCCUGGGUGAAGUUGAGGUGGCGCUGGGCCUGUGGGACUGGACCUGCACACAACCGCUUUGGCAGGACCUGCAGCCGCGGUUCUACCUGAGGCCCGACUGCGUCAGCAGCCGCGGCACCCUCCUGUUCUCCAUCAAGUUCGUCCCGGAGGGAUUUGAGGGCGGUCUGCCACUCACGGGGGAGCUUCACAUUUGGCUUCAGGAGGCUCAAGGUCUGCUGUCUAAAAAAGGGGGCGCCGUCGACUCGUUUGUCAAAAGUUACAUUCUACCGGACGUUGGCUGUCAGAGUGGCCAGAAGACGCAGGUGGUGAAGCGCUCCAUCAGCCCAUCGUACAACCACACCAUGGUGUAUGACGGCUUCCAGAGCAGCGACUUGGAGGAGGCCUGCGCCGAGCUUAGCGUGUGGCAACGCGAGGGCUUCAAGCAACACAUGAUCGGCGGGAUUCGCCUCAGCUGCGGAACCGGUCAGAGCUACGGCGAGACGGUCAGGUGGAUGGACUCCACGGAAGAAGAAGUCUCAGUGUGGACGUCCAUGAUCAAAAACCAGAACCACUGGAUCGAAGCCACCUUGCCCAUCAGAACGAACCUGACGCACCGCUCGUCUGAUUGACAUUUUUUGUUUGUGUCCACCGCCCAUGGUCAGAGAACACGUUCUUGUUACAUAUGUUAGUCCCUUUUUUAAGAAUUCCCUCCCGCGGUAGAUAUUGUAAAUGAGCUGUAGAAUAUGCUUGGAUGUUCUUAUUUUGUUGUUUGCAAAAGACAGCUGUGACCAUGCGAUCGCUGUGUCAUUAAACGCGGGAACCCGUUUUUCCUGCUUGCUCAUUAAAGGUGAAUCGGUGCUGAAAAUGUAAGUGGAUAGUCAUGUACAAAAAGUUAUGUCUCGUCUACAUUGUAUUUUCGGGUGAUUUAAACUUUGUAAAAAUGUAUUUUUCCAACUUAAAAAUAAUGGCGGGGGGGGGGUUAACUUGAAACCACACUGUAAUUGUAGUUCACAUGCCUGGCCUCUAGGGGGUGGUAUGACUAGUUCCACUGUUCCAAGUUUUGCCUCGUGCCCAUUAUUCGGCUUUGAUUUUGAAUUGAAAAUCAAAUUAUUAGACCUCUGCUGACUCAUUUUCGACAACGAACGAGAAAAUAAAGCCGUGUUUAAAUUUGAAUGUUACUGUAUUAAACAAAACUCGAGUUCUUACAAUUUUCCAAACGAUAGAUAUUCAAGUACCAAGAGGCAUUGGGAAGCUAUUUUAGUAGGGUGCACAUGUCACCACAGGGUGUCGCUGUUGCCACGUAUACUGUAUCUACAUUAGUGAUG